AAGGCUGCUAUCACAAGCUUGAAAGAGCGAGGUGGUUCUUCACGACAGGCCAUCCUUAAAUACAUAAUGGCAAACUACAACGUUGGAAAAGAUGAGAAAACCAUCAACAGCCACCUGAAGAUGGCUCUCCGUGCUGGAGCCAAGAAUGGAAACUUGAAGCAGUCCAAAGGAGUUGGUGCAUCUGGCUCAUUCAAGAUUGGUGCCAAGGAAGAAGCAAAGCCAAAGGCUAAAUCACCUAAAAAGGCUGAGAAACCAAAGGCUGUCAAGCCUAAAUCUCCAGCCAAAGCCAAAAAGCCCAAGGCAAAGAAAGCUGCAGCUCCUGCUGCCGCACCUGCAGCCAAAAAGCCAGCUGCAUCCAAGAAGCCAAAAUCUCCCAAGAAGGCUGCCGCUAAGAAACCCAAGGCACCUAAACAAGCAGCUGCGGCUAAACCUAAAAAGCCCAAAACACCCAAAAAGAAAGCCUCUCCAAAGAAAGCAGCGCCUGCAAAGAAAGCUGCACCCAAAAAGGAAAAGUAAAAGUGUGAUAUAAAAAUUGACUGAGAAAGGACUCGAUAAAUUAUUUCAUCCAGAUUUCUAUGACAACU